AUGGUGCCGGUCAACUCCCCGCCUACUCUGCGCUCUGCUCGCCGAAAGAGAUCGAUCGCCACAUCGCCGAUCGCUUUCCCGUCGACCCAGCCACCCAAUAGCAAGAAACCGAGGAGCUGGGAGAAGCCCUCCGAUACGCUCGUCUCCUUCCAACAGUUCCAACGGAUGCCCGCUGAUGUGUGGCUGUUGGUGAUGAACCUCCUCAGCCCGGUCGACCUCAUCAACCUGGCCCAUUCACACUCCUUCUUCAAGGGGCAUAUCACCCGCUCGCCGAAACGUUGGGGCACGGUGAAGGAGGUCACGGCUAACCGUCGCUACUCGGCCGUAAAGAUCGACGCCAAGGUGUACAUGAUCACGACAUGCGCGGGGAGUUGGGACUGCGCGAUCAGCUACAUUCUGGCUUACGGCAACGAGUACGAGUAUGAGUAUGCACAUGACCAAUACGAUUUCAUCACCUACGAGGGCCGCUGCCAGCACAUCCGGCCGAAGGCGGAUCGCGACGGGCCGUCGAAGGAAGAUUUGUAUACAUUGAUCAACAAUGCCACCUUUGACGAGUACGGGUUCGGCCCCGGCUGGAAGCUGCCGGCCCCCGAGGAGUACACGGAAGUCCCGAAGUUCCGCACUCACAUGGCCUUGCUUGACAUCAACGGCCCGAAGGAGAACAUUUGCAAAGAGAUCGCUCCUUUUGGUCCCAGCUCCAUUGCUGUCCACGUCGAUCCCCGCGGGACUCCCGGCGAGCUGCGCACCGUCGUCCUCAACGUCACCACGGCCUUCCCGGACCUUAAAUUUCUCUGGGUACACGUCGGCCGUGAGAUUGGCGAGUUGUCGAUGCUGCUCGAGGCCAAGGCGCCGUCCAUCGUUGCCCUCUGCUGGGUGAACGAGAAGAAAGUUGAUGAUGACGGGCUGCGUAGCUGGUUCCUCCCGGACGUGCCGAUCCCGGCCCUCGCCGCAGAGCUGGUCAGCACCCUGGAGCCAACACUUUCCACCUUGAUCCAGCGCCUCUCCCACAAGCGCCACUUUGACGCAUGCGUCAAGGAGUUUCACGACCAGAUGCCGUACCGCUCGAUUCCGAAGCACGAGCUGGCCCUCCACUAUUUCUUGGCCACAUCGGAGUCGGAUCGAACUCGUUUUCUGUUGGCUCCCGAAUUCGGCCGGCAGCUUGGGCAGUAUGAAAUGGACCCCGUGAUGGAAUACUACUGGAAGCAUCACUACGCCAAUUACCGC